AUGUCAGAGCUCGUGAUUUCCCCUGCCAAGUUUGUGGAAAAUGACGAGGCUCUCACUAAAGCUAAGGAGGCAAAAAAUAAAAGCACAGAUGAGGAACGUCGUAAGCACAAGGAAGAGAAGAAGAAGCGUAAGUUAGAGAAGAAACAACGAAAAGAAGAGAAGAGGAAGCGGAAGGAAGAACGGCGCAAAUUGAAGGAAGAAAAGGGUUCGUCUAAAUUAGUCGAGAAGUUAGACAAAAAUAAAUCUAGUGGCAAGGAUAACCGUCAUAAACUUCCGAGGACGGAAUCGCCUAAGAAGGAUAAAAAGGAGCGUGAGGGUAGUGAACCUCCAGCAAAAGUACCAAAAAUCGAUCACAGUGGGGUCAUAUCAGAGGAGGAAGAUACUGACGCGGACGUGAAGCCUCAGGCCAAAUUUCCUGUAUCUCUUGAGGAGCUCAUACAAAGAAAGGAGGCUGCAGAUGCUGAAAUGUCCAAACCUAAGUUUAUUUCGCGAGAAGAAAGAGAAAAAAUUGCCCUCCAACGGCGCGAAGAGGCUAUUCGUGAACAGAGAAAGCGUGCAACUGAGGAACUUAGUAAACAGAUCGAAUAUCUUUCUAAGGCUCGGGAUGGUUCGUCUAAGGGAGAAAGUUUGUCUCGCCACGAUCGUGAUUUGUACAGAUCGAGGCGACGGGUUGAUGAGUGGGAUCGUCGGUAUCCCGAUAAAAGUCGAGAUAGACGCUCUGAGGACGGUGGUUCCAAUAAGGUGUCAGCUGCUGACAAAGUCAGGGAAGAAGAGGCUAUUAAAGAGCGCUAUUUGGGUCAGAAACGCCUUACUAAGCGUCGUCAACGACGCUUGAAUGAGCGUAAGUUCGUAUUUGAUUGGGAUGCCAAUGAGGAUACGAGUCAGGACUACAACCCUCUUUACAAGGAAAAGCAUCAAAUUCAAUUUUUCGGUAGAGGUCACAUUGGUGGCAUCGAUAUCAAGCAACAAAAACGUGAAAUCGGGAAAUUUUACUCAAAAAUGUUGGAAAGCCGUCGUUCUGAUACGCAAAAGGAGCAGGAAAAUAAGCGUCUUUCUGGAUUGGCUAAACGGGAAGCGAAAGAGAAGUGGGACGAUCGUCACUGGUCUGAGAAGUCGCUUUCCGAAAUGACUUAUCGGGAUUGGCGCAUCUUUCGUGAGGAUUACAACAUUUCGACAAAGGGUGGAAAUCUGCCUAAUCCGAUCCGUUCAUGGAAGGAAUCCGCGAUUCACAAAGAUCUUCUUGAAAUUAUCCACAAGGUCGGGUAUUCAGAACCUACGGCUAUUCAACGCCAGGCCAUCCCUAUUGGUUUACAGAAUCGCGAUAUUAUCGGCAUUGCUGAAACUGGUUCCGGUAAAACUCUUGCAUUCCUCGUCCCCUUGUUGACUUGGAUUCAAACUCUGCCGAAGCUAGUUCGUAUGGAAGAUACAGAACAGGGACCCUAUGCCCUAAUCAUGGCUCCUUCCCGCGAAUUGGCUCAACAGAUUGAGGAAGAAACUGUGAAAUUCGGUGCUCCACUUGGCAUCAAGACCGUUGCUGUGAUCGGUGGAAUUUCGAAAGAAGAUCAAGCUUUGAAGCUGCGUAUGGGUGCAGAGAUUGUUAUCGGCACUCCUGGUCGUCUUGUUGAUGUAUUGGAGAGUCGUUACAUCGUACUCAAUCAGUGUACCUAUGUGGUGCUAGACGAGGCCGAUAAGAUGAUCGACAUGGGCUUUGAGCCACAUGUGAACAACAUCUUGAGCUAUCUCCCUGUGACCAAUCAGAAGCCUGAUACGGACGAAGCUGAACAAGAUGAGAAACUCCUGGCCAAUUUCUCCACAAAACAGAAGUACAGGCAGACAGUUAUGUUUACUGCAACUAUGCCUCCAGCG